UUGUGGGCAUGGGAGCGUUUAUCGCAUAUACAUCAACAACUAUUACUUCCACGUGGGCCAUUACAUGAUGUACAUCUAGACACUGGCCCAGCAGAUGGUGUUGCACUUGCACCUGCACUGGUACAUGGUCCUGCACCAGAUGUACUAGCACCUGAGGACCUUCUAGUAGGGUCUCGUGGGUGUAGGUAA